GCGCGAAGGGAUGGGAGCGGCUGAGCCUCCGAGAUCUCAGUCACGUGAAUUGAGUCCAUUAGUCACCGGCGGCCAACUUCCUUACCGCAUCGGGUUAGUGCCGUACGGCUGCUCGAGAAGCUUAGACCCCCGCUGCCUCUAUGUGAAUUAAUUUCUUUUCACUUACCUCAGGUCGAUUACAUGCCUCUACAUCAUGGCUAAAGCCAAAGCAAAGGGCAAGAAGGAUUCUGCCGGUGGCUCGCAGAGCCACAUUCGCGCACGGAUCGAUUAUCUCUACAACGCGGCCACCUUUCUACAAUCAAUAGGGAAACCAUCCCCGCAGCAGCCCUCGGUCAGUCAACAAAAUGACCAAAUCGAUAAAGCAGAGGAUGGCGCCAAAUUGCAAGGAACGGAGCGCAUAGUACCGCAAGUGGUGGGAUCUGAUGUUUCAUCGGCGAAUGAGCCGACUAAGCCGCUUAAUCCAUCGACGACGCAGCGACUGCCUCAACUCUCUCGAGUCUACAUGUCGCAAAUGCGCGGUGUCUCUCUCAAGUCACAGCUUCGGCUACCCAUCGACGUCAAGAGGUCUUUUUGCAAGCGCUGCGACACGUUUCUAAUUCCUGGAGUAACCUGCACGCAGGAUAUCCGAAAUGCCAGCCGCGGCCGCAAGAAGCCAUGGGCGGAUGUUCUAGUUGUCUGUUGUUCUACGUGCGGGACGGAAAAGCGCUUCCCUCAAACCGACAAGCGGAGCAAGAAGUUGUCUGAGCGUCGGAAAGAAGCGCCCAAGGAGGAGCAAAAGGAUGAAGUAAUGGCGGGUGCUUGACCACAUAUCACGAAUAUCCGAUAUCCCACCUU